UACCUAAGUUCAGUUUUGCCCAACUUAUCUCGAAAGUAUGACGACAGCACGAAAUGAAAGUCGCGAAAUAUGAUUGUGUAUUGCUUAUUGUGUCGCUGGAGUUCCUAUUUUCGCGGGUUAAUGGUGCGAUGACUAUGAAGCAAAUACAGAAUACAAUGGACGUGAUUAGGAAUGCAUGCACGUCCAAGUACCCAAAGCUGGAUAUCAACAUUCGGGACAAUGUGAAGAAUGGACAAUUUGUCGAUGAUAACAAAGAUUUGCGAUGCUAUACACUGUGUGUGGCAGAAAUGGCAGGAACCACAAAUCGCAAAAAGCAGCUGGAUUAUCAAAAGGUUCUCCAGCAGAUUGAUACUAUGCUUCCUGCUGAUUUGAGACCGGCCACCAAAGCUGUGGUUGAGGCAUGCAAAAACGUCAAGGAUGGCUAUAAAGAUAACUGCGAUAGAGCAUAUUUUACCGCCAAAUGUGCCUAUGAAACCGAUCCAACGGUCUUCCUCUUUCCAUGAGCCCUUUUCAGCAGCAGUGGUUAAUCUCUGCGGAAUCUGGAUGGCUUUAAGAGUUUAAGAUGUGACUGCUUGUUACUGGAUUCUCAUUUAUGAUGAAUUUUUAUCGUCUAAUAUUAGAUUGCAUGUUCUUUGUGCUUGAGCUUUGUUUAACUUAACUUUGUGUCCCAGAAUGUAAUGCCUCUGCGUAGUUAUUUGCACAAUAAAAGUUGAAUGAUUUGUCCCGCAA